ACAUGAACCAAGGUCACUGAGAAACUCUCGAGAUAACAGUCAGGCAGUCACAGCAGGUAAAAACACAAUCGAAUCAGGUACUACACAAUGGCGGAGGAAGGUAGAAAAGUGGUAAUUGGAAUGGAUGGAAGUAAGAACUCGAGCUUCGCGUUUGACUGGUAUUUGAAAAACAUCCACCGACCCAAGGAUCACGUGAUACUGGUCCACAGUCCAGAGUACCACAGCCUCGGACAGUCGAGUUUUGCUAUAGCCAACCUUGGUCACGUGGCCGAGCAAGUGGAAGAGGAGCAGAAGAAAGCGCAGGAGUUCAACGAUAACCUUGUUUCAAAACUUAAGGAGGCGGGGAUUGGUGGUGAGGUGAAAACUGUUGGCGGGUUUCCAGGCGAGGCGCUGGUAAAGACAGCAGAGAACGAAGAGGCCAGUUUAAUCGUGACGGGGACACGUGGCCUGGGCACUAUUCGUCGAACGCUUCUCGGGAGUGUCAGCGACUUCGUGAUGCGACAUUCGCAUAUACCUGUCACCGUGUGCAGGGAAAAGCCGGAAUGACAUGAGCUGUCUUCACAGUACACGACUCGUGCAUUUACUUUGUCAAUAAACAGAAUUGGUUGUAUCAUGUUGAAACUGUCACUAACUUGCUAGAAAAUCUAGUGGUGUGUCAGUACUUUUCACCCGAUCACUGCUCACGUUUACUUGUUAAGGACUGUUAUUGUAACCUCAGAACGUGUGCUCCAUUUUUGUUUUCUUAAUUUUUUCUUUUUUUUCUUCUUCUAUUAUCAGGAACUGAUGCAGUAUUUUGUGAUGAAAUAGGAAAACGUACAGACUGCAAUAUUGGCACUAAACAAGAGGAGGGACAAUAGGCGUAGUGUUUGGGUGUUGCUUUAAAUCAACCUGCCCUUUAUUGUGAUGAUAGUAUACUGGGCAGGACUAGAAAGCCUUUUGAUAAAAACAGGAAGUUAACUCCUUCAAAAUUCGAAGACAAAAAACAAACACAACUAUAUGUCUCUCCACAUAUGUUUAACGUGAAUAAAUAUUCUGUGCUCUUUUGUACUAAUAAAUUAUUGUUCUUUA